UGAUUGCAUCCAGCAGCAGCGUGAACGCCAUCUGUUCUUCUCUGCUUCCGUGAAAUCCGACCCCAGUGUAAGUAUAUUUACUGUACACGAAUUUAGACUCUUGCAGCUCUGAAUCACUGUCGCUGUCAAGCAUUUGGACUGUUGUGUCUCAGACGGGAGACCAUUCAUUGUCAGUGAGGUUUUACGCUCAGGCUAUAUGUGCGAGCGAUGACAGGCGAUUAUCUGCACCCCCUAAUACUUCAUGAUUAAUAGAAUUCUAUUAACAACUCAAACACAUUUUCCAUGAUCGCUGAAAUUUGGCGCAUAGAUUAUUUAAUCAACCUAAGACACAGGCUGCUCGCUGUCACCGUGUAAUAACGAUUCAAUCUAAGUCAGUUAUUUGUUUCAUGGUAUUUUAAAGUGUUGGGUCCAAAGUCAUUUUACAUCAACGAUAUGGGGGUGAGAUUUUGAGAUGUGAGGCCAAGGUAAUGAGGUGUUUACAGUGAGAGCAGCUGACCUUUAAUUUGUAGUAGUCGACGGACGUUUAAUUCGCUGGGACCAAUCAGAUGUCGAGGCGUGUAUUACGUCAUCAUGAUAAGCCCUUAGUAUCCGUCUGCGUAAUUAUAUCCAUAUUUUAUGACAAUAAAACGGAGAUUGAGUUGAAUUUGGAGAAUAUGUGUUUGUAAACUCGAUAAAGGUUUACUUUUAUAUCUGACUGCGACCUGAAGAAGAAGACUCUUAUAGGAAACAUAGGAAGUAGGCGGGCUCUUAACUCAGGGAAGCCUCCAGCUGCUCUGUCAUUGGCUCUAACUGAGGCUACGUUAUUGUUUGAAUGACUGGCGGUGGUACCAAACGUCAAAACAAUAAAUUGAGCUUUACUGAGUUUCAAUCAUAGGUUUCAAUGAGGAAUGCAGCAUGUUUUCCGCUAUGGAGCCGUCAACUCUUUGCGCGCUUUUGUGACUUUCUCAGCGUCUUUUUUUGUUUCAAUUUCAAGACUAUUUAAAGGGACGACAUGGUGACCAAGAGGAUCCGCUCGGAGUACAUGAAGAAAUUCAAAGACCCUAAAUGGGAGACCUACACAAGAUGUUAUGAGGAGAUGCUGAAGUACAGGCUGACCCGCAGGCUCCUGGAGCACACUCACAACCCCUGGUUCUGGACCGGCUCCGAAAGUGAUUCAGAUUCCGGAGGAAGGACUCCCCCUCCUCCUCCUAGUAAGAACCAGGUUCAGACUGAGACCAGCAGGGACCAACCGGCAGCGGAGGCUGAGCUGGAGGAGUGUGAGGGGGCGAGGAACACAGAACCUGUACCCCAAAUGGCUCUCCAAGAGGGAGAGGAGACUGCAGACCUUGGCUCACAGCUUGAAAGUGCAAGAGUGGGAGACGAAGAGAGGGCCAGCAGCCAAGGGAAUAAACAGAAAAAACUAAUUCAUGCAGGAGAAAACAGAGUGAGAGACACUGCUGGACGACAGCAGAAUAAAUCCUCCAGACCCUCAAAGCAAACAUGGGGCACAGAGCGAGUGAGGCCUGCACCAGCCCGGCAGGCUGAAGAGGACUGUAAAGAGCCCAGACACCCUUUCGCUCUGUACGGUUCAGGAGAGAAAGCCGCAGACAUGGCAGGCAGGAAGACCCACAAUGUUGGCCCUGCUGCCUCCACUAAUGAGAUCCAUGACUCUGCCCUACGUGCCAAGACCAGGCGGGAGGUGGAGCGUCAGAUCCAAACCCAGAAGAUCGAGCGACGGAGAGCCAAGUCUGUCGAUGUGAACAAGGCCAGAAAGUUGGUUCAACCGGAAUACAACCCCUGGCUCACUGAGUACAUGCGCUGCUUCUCUGCUCGCUCUCGAUAGGACACACACAGUCCUACACAUAAUUCACAAAUUCACUUACAUCAGUGUGGUCACAGACAAAAAAACAAACUGAAAUGAAGCCAUUAUUGCCUACCAAUCCUGACGUUUACAUACUCAGAGAUGUUGAAUAAAGAGUGAGAUGAUCAGCACUCACAAGAAGUCCUAAAUGUGUAUGCACUGUAAGGAUGUGAGAAGACAAAUCUUCCACUCUAGUUUAGUAUUUUUUGAUACAAAAUUCCAAUAACAUAUAUUGAGAACAGGGUAGAAGAGACUCUUGAGAGUAAUUUUUAGAAAGUAAAUGUAAUAUUUCAAUGAGAAAUAAAUAUAUUUUGGAGCAAUUUCAAAAGUCCCUUUAAACACAGACUGAAUAUAUUCUAUACAGGGAUAUCAGAGGACAAUAUACUUACACAGGGGUGAUACAGACUUCAUACCUUGGUAGAAACACCUCUGAGAUAAGUGUGAUUCAACAAACAUAAAGAAUGUACAUACACGUAUUAUGUACACACUAAUGUGAUCAAAUGGUUAGUAUCCUUGCAGCUUUUGUUGCUGGUAGUUGCUUUCUUGCGUGUGCUGAGUGCUCAGUAUUGACUGAUAUAUAGAGAUGUCUGUUUAAGAAUUUUAAAGCCAAUGAUUUGAUCAGAUCACUUUGUGCUGUGUGAAGUGGCACUUGUGGAUUUUCUAUGAUUUUUGUAUCAGAGCUCACUGAGUUGGUUUAGAUGGAUGGUGAUUCACACUCUGUACUGUAUGCUUAGAACCAAGUCCUCUCCCAGCCAUUAACACUUUCACAUCUUACUGACUGUGAAUAGAUUUAUAAAACAUGUCUCAUUGUGUCUGUUGUAUGUACAGUGAACUAUCUCUCUGGUGCUAUCACAGUCUGAAAAAAGUGGUGUUGGAUUUGAAGUCAAUGGGUGGCAUUGAACAGUGGGUUUCUGUGGUCAUGUGUACUUUAUCACCAGAAUGUGAACCAUAAGGUUUUCUUCAAAGUGUAGCUAUCAAAGGGUUCAUUAUUGGCGCCACACUGUUUUACUCUUGUUACUGAAUGUGCUUAGGACCAAAACGUGGAACCUUAUUACAAAAAAGAUGAAUACAUAUUCCCUAUAUUUAGAGCAUACUCUCUAAAGCUUGACCAAAUCAGAGAGAGCACUUUGAUAGAAAACCAGUUCUCUGGGAUUAAUUGUAAAGAGCACCCUACUAGCCUUCAGAUAGUCAUGUAACUCAUCUGGUGACUCUGUUUGAUUGUUUUUGUGAAUGUGAAGAACAUCAGACAGAAGAAGACAAUACUUGACAUAAUGUAAUAAACUUUGGCUGUCAACAUCAGAAUGAAAGGAAAUCAGGUUGAUCUUAGUUUCCUUAUCUUGUGCCAUAAAAAACCUGACUUCAUUUUGUUUCCUUUUGGAACUCAAAUGAACAAGUCAUUGUUAUGAAUGAAUGUUAUUAUACAGACAAAAGGAUGAGAGGAGUGGAGAACUGUGCUUUACAUUUUACUUUUUUUAAGUAUUUUAGUUUCAUUCAAGUUACUCUUGCUUCAGUAUUACAGUGCUCACUUAUAGGUUGGUUUAUAUUUUCAGUGUUAAAGUUUUACUGUGAUGUAGUUUUAAUGACAGUCAUGAGUGUGUGCAAUAUUAGAAUAUUUAUAUUUCAGCCAUAGUGGAUUGUUUUAGAUAUGGUGGACUUUGACAAUCUCCAAGAGCUGAAGAGAAACAAGUUGAUUUACUUCUUCUUCUUUUUCUUCCUCUUUUUAUCAUUAUUAUUGGAAGUUGCAUAGACCAAACUGCACAGUAAGAUAUUCUAAUUACUUCUGAGCGAAUUUACACCUCUUUUCUUUCUGUAAUUUUUUUUCUUGCAGAGAUCAAAGCCUAAGUAUUUUUUUUUGACAUCUUAGAUGCUUGUCUCAAUAUAAAUCAGGGGUGAUUGAUAAUAAUACAUCAAAUUUACUGAGUCCAUGGUGGGUGUACAGAUGUAUUUUUAAUGUUCUCAUUAUAGACUUUAAAGAAACUGUGUGCACUAAUUUGCUUUGUUUAGAGGGAAAAAUGUUGAAGUGCUAAAUGGUGAAAUGUAGAGCUGUUAAUAAAACACUUUAAAACCUU